AUGAUUCGCAGACAAGCUCGAGAACGGCGGGAUUACCUCUAUCGACGGGCCCUCGUUCUGCGCGACGCCGAGGUAGCAGACAAACGGUCGAAACUUAAGGCUUCCAUAGCAUCUGGGAAACCCCUCGAUCAGACGAUACUGAACGACAAGACUCUACGCGCCGAUUAUGCAUACGAUGAGACGAGAGCGGAGCGCACUGCCGACGAUGAGCUCGCCUUGGAUGACGAGUAUGCCCAACUGAGUGGCAUAGUUGACCCACGCGUCUUGGUUACAACCAGUCGAGAUCCAAGCAGCCGGCUUAGCACGUUUGCGAAAGAGGUUCGACUUUUACUACCGACAUCCAUCCGACUCAAUCGAGGUAACCUGGUGUUGCCAAACCUUGUGAGCAGCGCCAACGCCGCUGGCUUGAGCGACGUAAUCCUUCUCCACGAACAUCGAGGCACGCCAACGGCACUCACGAUCAGCCACUUCCCCCAUGGUCCGACAGCGAGCUUCAGUUUGCACAAUGUGGUUCUCCGAGCAGAUAUUCCAAACAGCGCGGCCGGGACGGUCAGCGAAAGCUAUCCGCACCUGAUCUUCGAAGGGUUCACUACAAGGCUUGGCCAGCGCAUUGUUCAAAUUUUGAAGCACCUCUUUCCUCCACGGGAGGGCGCUAGCAAAGUCGGCAACCGAGUCGUGACGUUCAAGAAUGUUGAAGACAGCGUUGAGGUGCGGCAUCAUGUCUUCGUCAAAACCGGCUACAUGAAUGUCGAACUGGCGGAAGUUGGACCACGGAUGACCAUGCGACUGUUCGAGAUCCGAGGAGGCACGCUGGAGAACAAGGAUGGCGACGUCGAAUGGCAUUUGAACCAGUUCACCCGGACGAGCCGCAAGAAGGACUAUCUAUGA